AUGCUUGUCUUUUUCUUCGCUCUGGUUGUGGGACUAGCAUCUGCUGGUCACCAUGGGCACAACCAAAGUGGCAUGGAAAAGCUGCUGGCUGCUGGACUGAUCGCCAAAGCACUUGCCAAAGGAGGAGAGGAAGGUGGAGGUGGGCACCAUGGGGGUGGCCAUCAUUACAUGCCAAUUCCAGUGCCUCUGGCCAGCGGAGGGGGAGGAGGAGGACAUCACCAUCACCAUGUUCACCACAAAUACGUACCCAUCCCUGUAAAACACCACACCAACUUCAUCAUCGCCCAUCACAAAGUCCCUGUUCCAGUGCACAUCCCUGUUCCCGUAGUAAAGACAAAAGUGGUGCACGUGCCAGUAGAGAAAACCAAAAUCGUGCCCAUCAUAGUACACAAAGGAGGCCACCACGCACAUGUGGGCGGUGAGAGCAGCUACAGUGGACACCAGUACUCGCCAAGCACGCUAUACGCGAAGAAACACUCCUUGAAGGGUUCAUCUUCCCAUCUGGCUCUGGCUACUAAUGCUAGAAACAAGCAAGUGCGGAUCACAAGUUUAGGAACAGUGCGACAGAUCAAGAAUCCCGAAUCAAACGCAACAUCAAUACAGUUUCAGAAAUCUUCUCGCAUACCAGACAAGUGGAUAGUUGUUGUGAAAAACAAACGCCGUCCAACAAUUCGAAGGGCUUCUUCUUUCGAAGAUGAAUUGAAAACCCAAUUUACGGGACGACAAAACAGCACGAUAUUAUCGAGGUGA